AUGACAGUAGCUCCUGACAGAAUCUGAGUCACCAGGGCGUGGCGCCGGAGCCGUGCUUCCCUCCCUCCCUGCUCUGUAUUGUUAGCGCGGCCCCUCCCUCUGCUCCCAGACGGGUGGCGCACUUUUUCCCAGCCGGCAUCCCUCGCAGCUCGCUCUGUCUCGCCAUGGAGGACCAGUCGCCGUUCAUCUCGUCCAGCUACCCCGAGUCCCACCCGAGCGCGGAGCCCCGCGAUGAGGACAGGAAGCCCUGGGAGGACCAGGAGGUGCUGGAUCUGACCGGGGGAGCCGGCGGUUUCCGCCCGGAUCUGUUCAGGCGGGGGGAGGCUGAGGAGGAGGACGACAAGCCCAGCUACUCGGACAGCCUGGAGCCCUCUCCGGAGGAAGAGGAGCCCAGCAGCAUCAGCGAGCAGCCCAUCAUCGCGCCCCCCGUGCUGCCCAGCGCCCCCCUGGAGGAGGAGGAAGAGGAGAGACCCCCGGUGCCACGCCGGGCCCCCACAGGGUCUGUGGGCUAUACAUUUUUAGCCCAGUGGCUUCCAAGGCAAGAUGAGAACCUCUUUCCUCUUCCUGCUGCAUCUGCACCUCUGAUGCACUCCUCUGCAGACAAAGUACUGGACAUGCAGCAGCCGUAUAGCACUAUGUUGGCUGGCCAAGAGGAACUUGCAUCUGUGCUGCUUGAGUCUGCUUCUUCUCCUCCUUCUAUGUCUCCUCUGUCUGCUGAUUCCUCUAAAGAACAAGUAGUCUCUGUUGCUUUUCAUGCUAAUUUAACUGCACCAGAAGCUUUGCAAGAGCCUGUUAGUGAUCUGCACGGGGUGUCACGGACCGUAGGUGAUACGGCUUUCAGUGUAAAGUUAGGCAAUGAGGUGGAGCCAGAUUAUUCAGAGGUGUCCUAUCAUAAGGGAUCUUCCUCUUUAGGGCAAAUAAAGGAAGAUGUGAUCUUUUCAGAAAAAGGUUAUGUAGUUGAACAUCCUACAUCUCAGCAAGAGACCGUAAGUGAAGACCACACACAGUUAUAUGCACAGUCUGCUAAAGAGAUGUUUUCAGGAAUGCUUAAAGCUGUUGGACCUCCUCAUGAGGAAUUUUCAGAGAUCAAAGAAGCACUUGAAGAACAGUAUGUAGAUUUCAAACCAUUUGUGAAAUCGUAUGAGGGUGGUUAUGAAGCCAGUACUAAGAAAUUUGAAAGUGAUAUUUACAGUUUGAAUGUAGAAGCUGUUAAAAGGCCAGAGCAAAAAUAUGAAGAAGAUAAUGAAAUAGACUUAUCUGAUGAUAUUUCACCAAUAACGCCAGAAGGUCCUGAGUCCUCAGAGUAUGAAAUGUUUGUUUCUUUAGAAAAGAGCCUUUAUCCCACUACAGUGGAAAGUCAAGGUUUAGGAAACAAAACAGAUGAGAAAAAGAUGGAAGAAGUAGAAGCCAAGACAACUUCACUGGAGUCUGCCUUGAACUUAACAUCAGUGAAUCCUUUCUUUGAGCAUGUAGACCGACAAGGCGAUUAUGUUACAACUCACGAUGUCAUGGGAGGUGAUCUCUCCCACGGACCCACCAAGUCAGAAGGCCUUACUCCAGAUAUUGUACAAGAAGCAUAUGAAAGUGAAAUCCAUGAUAUUGGCAUACCCAUACUUGGAUAUGAACCCAAAAUGGAUUUGGUUCAAACAGCUGCCAAAGCUGUUCAAGAAAAUGCUGCCAAAUCUGACAAUGUUACUCCUACAUCUCAAACACCUGCACUGUUUGAAGGCACAGAUUCUGUAUCUUCACCAGUUUUGCCUGAUAUAGUUAUGGAAGCACCAUUAACAUCUGGUUCUGUUGGGUUAGAAGCCAGUGUUUUUCAUCCAGAUGUUUCACCUGUAAGCAGUGCCCCUGCUGUUAGCGAGGAGAAGAUAAAAUUUCAGUCUGAGAAACCACCUUCAUACGAAGAAGCUGUAAGUAAAUCUGGAACUCAAGACCAGGACAAAGCAGCUAAACGUGUUGAAAUAAAGGAAGAGUCCCCAUCUCAAGAACCGGAGGCACCCUACAUAUCCAUAGCAUGUGACCUAAUAAAAGAAACUAUUCCAACAGAAUCGGCACCAGAUUUUUCAAAGGCUAUGAAAGAUGAGUUUGAGUCUCAGUUUAGUCAACAUUUCGAUGAUAGUUCAUCAGAAUCUGAACACAGCGAGCCUUCCUAUAAGCACUGGGAACCUGAAGUUGUCUCAAGGAAAGUUUGUGACUCGGUUACCAGUGUGAAGACUCAAAGCAUUUCUCCAGAAAAGGAACUUAAAGGUGAUUUACUGUUUAAAGAGUCUUCCCCAAAUAAAUCCUAUUUGCAUUCAUUUCAAGUACAAUCAAACACGUCUCAGAACCCCUCUGAUUUUAUUGGUAAGAGUUCCGUUACAGAAGUUUUCAAGAGUCCAGAUAAGCCUUUGCAGAUGGAAGAAUUUUCAGUAGGUAUACAGUCAGGAAAGACUCCUAGUCCAAAAUAUUCACCAAUCACGGAGACUGCAGACUCUGAGAAGUCCUCCCCAAUAUCCUUUAUGGAAGAUGCUAUUCGAACCUCCGAUGAUGUGCAUGUUGAGAUGGUUCAGAAAGCUAAGCUGCCAGACAAGCCCAUAAAUGUACCCAGCUUUGGGAAGAAAGAAGACCUGUAUUCUGCUCUUUACCAGGAUCCGAUGCAUGCCAAAGCUGAGCAGUUUCAGGAUACUGACAAGUCGAAUGAAUAUGCUAAAGCUGUAGACCUCACAACCAGGGAUGAUUCCUCAAAUGCUAAGGAUGCUAAGCUACCGCCUCCUCCAAAGGAAGAUGCUCCUGCCGUCAGUUCCACAAAAGUGAAACAGGAAAGCAAAGAUUUAGCAAUUACUGCUCCUGUGCUUACACCGGCUUUAAAGAAUUCAGUGGUUGAUCUUCUCUACUGGCGGGACAUUAAGAAGUCAGGAGCGGUAUUUGGUGCCAGCCUGUUCCUGCUCCUUUCUCUCACAGUGUUCAGCAUUGUCAGUGUGAUUGCAUACAUCGCCUUGGCCCUGCUUUCAGUUACCAUCAGUUUUAGAAUAUACAAGGGCGUGCUUCAAGCAAUCCAGAAAUCAGAUGAAGGACACCCGUUCCGAUCGUGCUUGGAUUGUAAUGUUGGAGUAUCUGAAGACCUAGUUAAGAAGUACAGCGAUGUUGCUUUGAACCACAUUAACUGCACAAUUAAGGAGCUUCGGCGCCUCUUCCUUGUAGAAGACCUGGUUGAUUCCCUGAAGUUUGCAGUGUUGAUGUGGGUGUUCACCUAUAUUGGUGCCUUGUUCAAUGGCCUGACUUUACUCAUUUUGGCACUGAUUUCCUUGUUCAGUAUUCCAGUAAUUUAUGAAAGACAUCAGACUCAAAUUGAUCACUACCUAGCGCUCGUUAACAAGAAUGUUAAAAAUAUUACAGAUCUGGUCCUUGCAAAAGUCCCUGGACUGAAACGCAAAACAGAAUAAAAAACACAAAUCAAAUCUGCUGCAGAUACCAAUCGGAUCCUCGCAUUUGGGCGCUGUGUUUUUGGAUUACACGGGGUGGGUCAGGGCAAAGACAAACCUUGACAUUGCAGGGCAAUUCACAGAUCCUUUUUAUUUUACUUUUUUUUUUUCCUUUUUAUUUUUAGCAAUGCAGUGUUUGAGGAAGGAACAACUGUUUUUACUGCCAUGUGUUUCAUUCUAAGUAUUGUAAGCUGCUAUGUAUGGAUUUGAAACUAUUUUCUGUUUCUCCUGUGUGAAGCACCAUUUAAUACAGAACCUCUUUUUUAGCAUGCUGUAUAUUGUGCUUCAGAAGUAGUCUUACUGCGCUUUCAUGGGCAUAUUGUUAAUCCCCUUUUUGCACUGUGUAUGAUCAGUAAGUAGGAAAUUGCUGCAAACUUCCAAUAUGCCCUUCAGUGUAGAACUGGGCCAUGUGUGCAAAGUAAUGAUGUCUUUUGGCUUCUCCUGCACUGAAUGGGCGGAGGACAUAAAGCCCAGAUCAUACCGGCAAGCAACAUGAAAGACAUUGCUUCUGUUUGGUAUGAUAGCUAUAUUGUGAUUUUAUUGUUUUAUUAAUUGCCAAUAUCUAUAGUGUUUUCAGAAAGCAUAGCCGUUUAAGCCGCUCCACACUGCUUUCAAAAAAACUUUUUUUGUGUGUUUUUUUUUUUAGUAAAAGAGAAAUGGCAUUCUAACAGCCCAGCUUUCUAGCACAUACUCGUAAACCGAAAUCUAUUUCUAGAAACACUAUUGUCUGUUAAUUAAGGAAAUUAAUUAAAUUAACAUAUAUAUGUAAACUUUGGAGCUUGCACGUUGUUGCUCACUAGUUGGUUUUGUACAAACGUUUACAGUCACUGGAACUUUUCCUGUGAACCCAGUACCAAGUGCUGUAAAUCUGUUUGGUGGGAAUAAGUCACUUGUCGCAAGAACGUGAAGUGUUUUAACAGCCGCAGAAAUGUGCUGGAGCAAGUCUUUGGAAUGCAUUGUGAUAUGUUCAAAAAAACAAAACUCAAUAAAGCUUGUAGACCUUAA